UUUGUUGUUGCGUCUAACGUGAAUUUAAGUGCUUCUAGAAGGCAUUAAAAGUUUAUUACUUUCCUUGGGCAAUAAGUUAAAUGAUGGACCUUGAUUCACCGGAGAUUUUCGCAUGAGAAAACAAUUUGCAUGUUUGUUUUCCUCUCGCAAUCACCAAAUUUUGGAGAAGAGGGUGUGCCAAGGCAAAGGGCACAGAAUGAAGAGAGUGCUGUAGAGUGUAUCAGUUAGUAAAAUGUGUUUAAUUGCGAUAACGAUAAUUUGUGUAUAAUUUUAGCACCACCAAGACUAUCGGUGGUGUUGCUCUUUUUUUUUCUUCUUUGGGAAAAUCAACCUCGCAACAAUGAUGUCUCCCGAAACGCUCAAUGUGCUCGCGAUCGUUCACGUGGUGUCAGCUUUCUUCGUGGAAGAAUUCACCGGCGAAAAUGUUGGUGAGGAAUCGACGGAGGAAAAUAAUUCAACGGUUUGUGAUUUCCUAACUGCAGCGCCUGAAGAUCUGCCAAGGCAGGGAUUAGACAUGGAUACCAUUACGAUUAUCUGGUACUUCUCGACAUUUGUAGCUCUAGUGGCAUUCUUCGUGGUGAUGGCUUGUUCGGACAACUACUGUGGACGACCAAGGAAACCUGAAGAGCCCCCACGAUCAGCUCCACCAACUCCUGCACCCUCCUACCGAGAAUUUGCACCCCCAAGUUAUGAUUCUGUGAUGAAACGUUACAAAAAUCGCGUAUUUAUUGUGCCAGUGAGUGAAUCAAGUACAGAAACCCAAGUAACUCAAGUGCAGGAAGUUGUAGUUCAUCCACCUGAACAACCUACCACCAGUACUUCAUCCGAUUCAGCAGAAUCGCCAGAGAUGCAAGUGGAAAGGUUUUAGGGGGGCCCCCGUGGGCCAAAAAAAAAGUUUCCCCAGGAAACGUUAAAGCCCGCAUUGUGGUAAUCUCUCUGGUGGAUUUGUGGGUGUUAAUGUGCGCUAAAGUCACUGUUUUUUUCGGUAAAAGACUCUGCCAUUAUCACUAGCUCAGGGCGGAAUAAAUAAAAAAAAACAAUGUUUCUUUAGCCUGAUAAAAGGUGUGAGUGAGCAAAAAAUAGAAAAAUAUGCAAUGAACCAGGAAAAACCCACAAAAGUUGCAGUGCUGUGACAUUGGGAUAUGAACUUAUAAUAAAUAAUGUAAAUAACAAUUCUUUAAAGAAAAAAAAGUGCUUUGAAAAUUCUCAGUGAAUUAACCGCGUUAAAGGUCGCCACAAGAAAAGACUGACUAACAACUUAUCCCCACAGAACAAUGUUUAAAAGGAAAAAAAGUCCUCAAAUGUGAUAGUGCUUGGUGUUAAGGUCACUGUGGGUGACAGAGAUGAUGGAUCUGGCCAGAUGGGGAAUUCCCAUGGGCCAAGUGCGCUACCUCUCGAUGUGCAUCUGGAAAAGUUGCAAAUUGUGCCAUUUCUGUCAUUUUUAAAAAAAAAAUAUAUUUUACACCAAAGGCUCGUGGCCAACGCACGAGAUAUUGAACUCUUUUUACAAAUUAUCCCUUUUAUACCAAAUAAAAAUUUUAAUUACACUGUAAAAUAGAUAAUGUGAAAUAAAUGAGCGAAAAAUACCUCAAA